AUGCCUCGUAAACUCAAGUUCCACGAGCAAAAGCUUCUCAAGAAGCACGACUUCAUCAACUACAAGCAGGACAACAAGCACAGAGAUCACGAUGUUUCCAGGCGGUACAUGAUUCAGAAGCCCGAAGACUACCAUAAGUAUAACAGGUUAUGUGGUUCCCUUCGCCAACUAGCUCAUCGCCUCAGCCUCCUUCCCCCAGAGAGCGAGGUCAGGAGAAAACACGAGGCGCUGCUCCUAGACAAACUCUUCGACAUGGGGAUUCUUCCGACGAAGUCAAAACUUUCACAAGUCGAGCACGGCGUUACCGUGUCUGCUUUUGCGCGACGCCGUCUACCUGUUGUCAUGACUCGUCUACGCAUGGCAGAGACCGUUCAAGCGGCAACAAAGCUCAUCGAGCAGGGGCACGUCCGUGUCGGUGUUGAAGAAGUCCGUGACCCGGCGUUCCUUGUUACGCGGAGUAUGGAGGACUUCGUCACCUGGACCGUCGGAAGCAAGAUCAAGCAGAAUAUCAUGAAGUAUCGCGACAAACUGGACGAUUUUGAGCUUCUCUAA